AUGGAUCCCAGAUCUCAUCCCUCUCGGCCUCCCUCGACGAGCCUGCCUCAAGGCUCCACGCCGCUCGCGGGGACUCCCAUCUCGAGCAUGCACAUGCCGCAGUACUCGAUGCAGCCGCAGUAUCCGGUCUCCCAGCCGCACACGCUGCCUCCGCUGCAGCCGCAUCACACUCAUUCGCCCGGACCGCACCAGUACAUGGGCCAGCCGUACCGACCGGACCUGUCGCGGUAUCCCGCGACGACUCACGACGUGUACACGGGCUCCGCGGCCCCAAUCAUGCCGCACACUACUGUCGGUAGCCCUGCAUCAUCACACUACUCACAUUUCCCUAACCAUCAGUCCCAGGCUCACUAUCCGCCACCCCCAAGCGUGCUGCCGCCCGCGUCGACCGCUCAGACCUACCCCCAGCCCAUUGCGCCGGCCCCUCCGCGUGACCGACGUGAUUUCAAUGGCCUUCCCUCCGGUGCUUUCAGCUACUCGGACGGCAGCAAGUCCUGGGGUAUGGGCACUGACGUGAACGGCGCGAACGGCUCCCCAUACGGGGGCAAGGAAUCCCCGCGCACGCAGGUCGUGGGCUCGCAGGGUCGCCGCGGCAUCCUGCCGAGCGUUCCGGGUCGCGCAACUCCCGUCACGAACGGCGUCAACGGCGCCGCAAAGAGCACCACCAUUCCCGCCAAGGACGCGGAUGGCAAAUUUCCGUGCCCACACUGUAACAAGACCUAUCUCCACGCCAAGCACCUGAAGCGCCACCUUCUGAGACACACUGGUGACCGCCCCUACAUGUGUGUUCUCUGCAAGGACACCUUCUCGCGCAGUGACAUCUUGAAGCGCCACUUCCAAAAGUGCUCGAUUCGACGGGGUAACCCGACUGGUGCUACUCACCUGUCGCACCCCCAUGCCCACUUGAAGCGUUCGUCACAGGCGGCCGCGGCCGCGGCGAACGCUGCUAAGCCUAUCCAGGACGAAGUCAGUAACCCCAUUCCAGCCUCCGGUGACAGCAUGAUGGGUGCGCAUUUCGGCAAUGGGACCGUGAACGGCAACGGGAUGGCCGGUGGCCGCCCAGGCUAUACGGAACAGCAGCCCUUGGGAUUCACGAUGUCGGCGGUCAACGGCAUGAACCGUGGUCCUGGAGACGACGCGUUCGCCGCUGGUCAGCCGCAGGCGCGAGCCUCGUGGAUGGCUGCUCCCAAGCCGAAUUCGUACUACAUGCAACACCACCCUGGCGCAGACGCGCAUGGCCAGCAACUGAGUGUUGACCGUCCCCUUGAACAGGUAAAGCCCCUGGUCGUUCCAGACCCCAAGCAUCCGAUCAUGCCUGGCCCCCAUUCGAGCCAGCCAGGAGUUGACUGGACCUCGAUGUUUCAGCACGGCCCGAACGACGGCUACAUGAACCCCGUUUUCCCGCAUUCGAUGGCGGCCGGCCAGGAACCCAUCCACGCCCCCGUUGAUGCCGACCGCAAGUUCUACCCUGCCACGAGCGGAGGCCCCGAGAGCGGCAUGAACGGUCUGUACCUGGCUUCGACUACUCUUGGCGGUGACGGCACCGUUCAGCCCGCUCGGCAGUAA